AUGACGGGGAAGGUUAUGGUUAUGGCGACAAAGAGCUGCAGGCUGCGGUGGCUGAACUACUUCCGGCCCAACAUCAAGCACGGCGGGUUCUCAGAAGAGAAGGACAACGUCAUCUGCAGCCUCUACGUCACCAUCGACAGCAGGUGGUCCAUCAUCGCGGCGCAGCUCCCCGGGAGCACCGACAACGACAUCAAGAACUACUGGAACACCCGCCUCAAGAAGAAGCUCCUCCUCGGCAAGAAGCACCACCACCACCAUUGA